UGUAUGUAUUUACAUUUUUAAAAAGUUUUUGCUUGAAACUAUAAAUAAUUAUAGUAAGCUGUGACUAUUAAAUUAUGAUAUUUAAUUCUGAAUGCCGAAAUAAAUAUUUUCAAUUAAAUUUCUAGAGCUUUGGGACCUCCUAAUUAGGAUUGUUUUUAGAGUGCAAGACGGUAUGCCAUCAAAGAGAUAUACUAACUAGGUGAUAUAAAAAUAUAUAAAUACAUUUUAAAAAAGUUUUUGCUAGAAGCUAUUAAUAACAAUAAUAAACUGUUACUAUAAAACUAUUAUAUUUAUUCAGAAUGUCGAAAUAAAUAAUUUUGAUUAAUAUUCUAUUAAAUUUCGAGAGCUUUAGGAUCUCCCAAUUAGGAUUGUUUAUAAAGCGCUUUAGUGGGGAACCCAUAAGCUCUUCCAAAUUAGCAAAUCAUUUAAAUAACAUAAAAUCCCCUUCAAACCGAGGACAGGCUUCCGAUUUCUCCACCCCAACAAAGUAUUUUCACGUCCAUUGAAAAACGUCGUAAAAAAAAGCGAAGGCGCACAAUGUGCUACAUUUUCGGAAAGGCGAACAAUACCGAUGCAGGAAUCGAAAAAAGCGAAGGGAAAGCAAUAAUCAUUAGGCCAACAAAGGACCUCCCUCUGCUGAGGGAUUGAGGUUUCGCCAGGCUCUUCUAUCGGGUUGAGUGCGUUGUCAAACGCUGACCAGGCUAAAAAAAAAAAAGAGGAGGGAAACAAAACAAAAAAAAGCCCCUGAAAAAUGCCAAAAUAAACACUUGUCGCUGGUGGAAAAUUCGGAACGGUGGUGGCUUAGGUGGUUUUCCCAACCACAAAAGAGAAUAUUUUCCAGCUCAGCACGCGUUUAGGCGCUGGUGCGUGCCUUUAUUCCUGGAGACCAUUAGCCUGGCGAGUGGGAGAUAUACUAUACACAUACCAUACAUAUAUAGAUAUAUAUAUAGAGGGCACACCCGGGGAGGAACCCACAGACGGAUGGCAGACAGGAUACAAUCUUUUCACGGUGCUUGGCCUGGCCUGACUUGCCCCAACCAGCAAAAGAUACGUAAUAAAAAUGUAGACAAUUUUUACGACAGUGUCCGAACAACACAAGUGGACAUUCCGCUUUUAUUUCUUCAUUAAAAAGCAGUAUUGAUUGCCCAACAGGAGAGCAUGGAGCAACCGAGGAGCUGCCCCCGAGGACCUUUAUAUAUAUGCAUCCAUACUUUUAUUAUAGUUUGCCACACAAAAGGUCUUUGUGUGCCACGUUAUUGGGCUUUCUCGGCCGCCUCCACUCUGUAUUUGAUUUAUCCAUAUUGAAAAUCAUAUCUGUCGCUGGCUUUUCAUCUAUUGAAUGCCUUUGCGGAGGGUAUUUUCAUUUCAACUGGAGUCACAAGUACAUCUGUCACUUUAAUCAAGUGUAUAUUCGAAAGUAACACACUUCUCAUUCAAGUGAACCAUGACUUUGAUGUCCUUUAAUUGAUUACCCGUAUCCUGUUAAAUGAGCGAUAAUGUGAGAACAAUUUUUCAGCGCCAACUAACGACUCCCUAAUGACCUAUUUAUCGCUCCCCAUGUGAUGAAUGGCAAACCUAUAUAUACGGGCCUAAUUGGCCUGACCUAAAAACCCUAUAAAGUGGCCGGGGACCGAAUGCAAAUAGUCAGUUUUCAAGAUGGGACCAACUAGCUCGCAAAUUUAUAGUUUAAUCACAAAGUUUACGGCUCUCAAUGGGCUAAAUACUUACUAUUUUAAUACGAAGAAGAAUGGAUUUAGGGGCACCUGGGAGCUGAAGAUAUACUGCCUGAUACACCACAUUCUCUGUAUUUUGGCUCUGGGAUGGAUGCUUUAUAUGACCGCUGGUAAUAUAAGGAUUUGUGUGACAGUUCUUACGAUGGGUGGAACUUCUGCCUUCUGCAUGCAGUUCUGUUGGCAAAAAACCCAGGGCAUAAAAAAAUUGGCCAAUGGUUUGAUCAAAAUGGAGCAGAGAUAUUUCACUGGAAAACCAAGCGGAUCUCUUUUGAAAUACCGAUUUUACAUGAAAAUCACAUUCGUUUCGAUAACUCUGCUGCGCAUCCAUCUAUUUUAUCCCAUUUAUCUGAAGAGACUUUUACCAUCUCACUUUUAUCUGAAUUUGGUAUCUUGUUGGCUGGUCUACAAUAUGCUUUUGGCAGCUGUUCUAGUACUCUACGUUUUUCUUUGGCAAAUAAGUCGCAUUCAAAAGCUUAUAAAUGAGAAAAUGACACUGAUUUUAACCAGAUCAAGGCAGAGAAAUCGCUUGAAGAAAAUGCUACACUGCUUCAAACUCUAUUCAAAACUUCUGGUGCUAAGCGACCAAGUAAAUUUUGAAUUUGGAUAUAUUUCGGUGUGCGUUCUGGCCUGCAAAAGUUGGUUCCAAAUUACCUACGGCUACGAGAUAUUCCAGAUACUGGCUGCCCCAAAAUCCAUCGAUUUAAGUGUGGCAAUGAGAGUGUAUGUAAUACUCAGCUACAUUUUGGAUGCAUUCAAUCUUUUUAUUGGAACAGACAUUGCUGAUAUUUUCACCAAUUAUAGAGCUGACUCGCAGCGCAUUUUACGCGAGACAAAUCGCAUGGAACGAUUGGUCUCCAUGUUCACCUUGAAGCUGGCCCUAUAUCCCAAGCAGGUUGUCUUUCUCAACGUGUUUACUUUGGACCGAAAGCUGACUCUGGCGCUUAUGGCCAAGUCGACGUUGUACACAAUAUGCUGGCUGCAAGGCGACUACAACAAACUGAAGGCAUAG